CACCUCGGCUCUCUCCUCUUCGAGGCCCCGCCCCCUGCUCCACCUCGCCCGCUGCAAAUGAUGUAACUUUGAGGACUCUUGCUCCUGAAAGGUGCACCCCUCCCAAUCCAGCCCCAGAAUGGCACUGCCACCUAGCCCCCUGGCCAUGGAAUAUGUCAAUGACUUUGACUUGAUGAAGUUUGAGGUAAAGCGGGAACCCUCGGAGGGGCGAUCUGCCCCUCCUACAGCCUCACUGGGUUCCACCCCCUACAGCUCAGUGCCUCCUUCACCCACCUUCAGUGAGCCAGGCAUGGUGGGGGCCACCGAGGGACCCCGGCCAGGCCUGGAGGAGCUGUACUGGCUGGCCACCCUGCAGCAGCAGCUGGGGGCUGGGGAGGCACUGGGGCUGAGUCCGGAGGAGGCCGUGGAGCUGCUGCAGGGUCAGAGCCCAGUCCCUGGUGAGGGGCCCCAUGGCUACUACCCAGGGAGCCCGGAGGAGACCGGAGCCCAGCAUACCCAGCUGGCCGAGCGGUUUUCGGACGCGGCGCUGGUGUCGAUGUCUGUGCGGGAGCUAAACCGGCAGCUGCGGGGCUGCGGGCGCGACGAGGCGCUGCGGCUGAAGCAGAGGCGCCGCACGCUGAAGAACCGCGGUUACGCGCAGGCCUGUCGCUCCAAGCGGCUGCAGCAGCGGCGCGGGCUGGAGGCCGAGCGUGCCCGCCUGGCCGCCCAGCUGGACGCGCUGAGGGCCGAGGUAGCCCGCCUGGCCAGGGAGCGCGACCUCUACAAGGCUCGCUGUGACCGGCUGACCUCGAGCGGCCCCGGGUCCGGGGACCACGCCCACUUCUUCCUCUGAGCCGCUUGGGGCCGCAGAAUGGCGGAGUAGGUGGGUGGGGGGCACCACCCAGGAGGCGGCGGUACCAUUCACUAGAUGGUUACUGAGCACCUUCUGGUGCCAGACACUCCCUUGUAUGACCACGCAAAUAUCCCCAAACUUGCUGGACCCUCAAGGCAUGCUCCGAAGUUAGAUGCUGAUCAUUAUCUGGGAAGAGGGGUGCCCUCUCACGCAGAUCGUGCACAGAAACUCUCCACCUCCUGCCCCAUCCCAAAUGACCAGGACGCUGAGAUCUGCAGAGCCAGUGCCGGGCCCUGUGUGUGUGUGUGGAGCGUGGAUGAUGGCUGGGUGACACAGUGAACGAGGGUGCAGCUUCCCCCUCAGUUUAGAUUUUAAUUCAAGGUUUUCAACCUGUAGUGCAUUAAGGUGGUAAUUAGCAACGAGGCUGUAGUUUCAUUCCGAGGCUUGUAAUCUCCCCAUUGUAGGACUACUGCAUUUUCAAGAUUUCAGUUCCCACUAGCAAGACAGACUAGGAACUCUAUCCAAGAGGCUUUCUUCCUACGCAACCGGUGGCCUCCAAGGCCCAGAGCAGUGAAGGCCUGAGGAGCUCUGGGGGUGGCUGGUGUGGGCCGGGAGAGAACCCUGUGCAGAAGUCUGGAGACCUGGGCCCUAGUCCCAGCUGUGCCACAGGAUACCUCUGUCACCUGGAGCAAAUCCCUUGCUCCCUGUGUCUGGGUUACCUAAUCUAAUCCUCAUUUGGCUUGGAUGACUUCUGACACCUUUCCAGUCUGGCAUUUUCUUAGUGUGGGAGUCCCUAAGACAACUUCACCAAAGGGACUUGCUGUCCUACUCUAGCUUCCUGACUGCAGCUUGGGCAGUGGGUGAGCCCAUGCGCUGGUCUUCUGCUGCUCCCUCCAGGCUGCCUUGGCCUCCAAACCUGCAUAGGUGCCCCUGCUACCUCCUGCCUCUCUGAGGGCUAAGGUGAGACUUUCUCCAGCAUGACGAGGAGCUGAGAGAAUGCAGCUUUUGUGAAUUAAACUUGAAGUCCAGGCAGAACUUUACACUAUUGGUUAAAUGUUCUUGCAAUUUAAGAAGUGUUCAUUCUUUAUCCUGGCUCCAGGCUUCUG